CAAGAUUUGUUGUCAAGGUAAACAAUUUGGCUUUGGUUUAGACUUUGGGAGGAAAACUCGGAUUUAUUUGAGAUAAAGGACUUUUCAACGGAAAAGUAGCAACACCUGUGAUAUUUUACAGUUUAUUUUCACUAUGAGUGUCAGAACAUAUAACCCAUCUGUCCGAGUUGGCAACUGGAAUGAAGAUAUUCAACUUGAAGAGGAUACAUUGAAAGAUUUUCUGGACAAGAGAGAAAAGGGAGAGUUGUUAACACAAAAAUCCAGUAAUUUAGCUGCUGUAGCAUUACAAAAGAAAAAUCUAAGUAUAUCCCAAGAUGGUAAUAUCAGAUUUGGUGAUGUGAUCAUGUUACGUUGUAAAGGUACUGCAGACAGAACCAGAUAUUUUGCAGGAGUUGAACCAAGAGAUGAUUGUACCCUGGCUCUAAAUCUCACAGAUCCCAUGCAGUUGUCACAAGAUAAAUUUGCUACCACAUGUAACGUUACUGGCUGCAGAUCUUUAGAACCUGUUUUACGCACUGUGUUUUGUGUACAAAGUGUAAAUGGAAGUGAUGAUGUGUUGAGAUAUGGUGAACCAUUUUAUUUAACAACUUUACCAGAAGCAGGAGGGUUACUAUUACACAGUGAUAAUUGUACUUUUAUGAAAUGUGCCAAGAAAUCUCGACAUCAACUGGUCUCUUUAGUGAGUGAACCAUCAUUUUUAACACAAUGGCAAGUUGUUCAUAAAGAACCCAGGUUAAGAAUGGAAUAUGAAGGAGCACCAGUUAAAGCAAAUGAUGUUGUUAUAUUAACACACUGUAAAACCAAUCAAAAUUUAGCUGUUGAGCAGGAUUUCCUUGUAAGGACACCAUUAGGACGAGAAUAUGAAAUAUCAGCACAUACCAGUUUAAAUUCACACAAAGCUGAAGAAGAGUCUAAUUUAUGGACAAUCACAAUGGGCGUGCCUGGAGAUAACAUGAUGUCCAGUCUGUCACAGAAUAACAACCAAUCAGAAGCUAUCCCUUCCACAUCUCCUCCCAUUUCUCAAUAAACCGUGCAACUAUAAUCAUAAGCAUUCAUCUCUGAUGUGAUUUUAUGACUUUUACCUGAUUUUAAUUGGUUCACAUCUAUUGCUAAUUCGCUUGAAAUUAAAAUUUGUGAUUCAGAAACUUUAGCUUGUUGAGAAUUGUAAAUAUCUAGAUAUGUCCAUCAUGUGUAUUUUAACAUAUUGUAAUUUAUAUAUAUAUAAAUUUUUCUAAACAUAUCAAAAAAAAAAAAAAAAACAAAAUAAAAUAAAAAAAAAAAAAACAAAAA